AUGGAUGCAAUUCUCUCCCAACCAACAACCCAUUUCCAUGCUCCACAACCUGAUCGUGUUCCAGCUAUUCAAUUAAAAAAUGAUAUUAAAGCUCGUGCUGUGAUAACAGAUGAAUCAACCAGUUCAAUUAUUCAUUCCGCCUUACGUACAUAUCCAUUAAGUGCCGCUGGUGAACUUUCAAGAAAUGAAGCACUUAUGCUAAUGAUUAGACGACAACGUACUGUUGAAACAGUCGAUGUCAAUGGGCGUUUACCAGAAAGAUUAAGAAAGGCAUAUGGUGAUGAAGAUUUCAUCUUGCACGAAGACAAAAAUUUAAUUAUAUUCACAACAAAAACUAAUUUAUCCAUUCUUAAGCAAAACAAACAUUCGUUCGCUGAUGGAACAUUCAAAGUGUGUCCUGAUGAUUAUUAUCAACUCUUCACAUUACACGCGAUGAUGACCAAUGCAAUUAUUCCUCUCGUCUAUGGAUUAUUAAUUGGUAAAAGUUCAGAAGAUUAUAAUGUAUUUUUCUAA